UUUGUAGCGAUCGAAAAAGUUGGAAAUUGUGAAGUAAAACCUUAGUUUAAACAGGGCAUGUAGGGUUGUGAAUUGGGGGACCCCGUUUCUGUAACAGAAGGGCCGGGAGACCUACAUUUUAACUUUUGGAUUCCCCUAGACACCAUGCCGGCAGUUGGCGAUGACGUUCCUAUGUACUGCUCACAGCAGAUCAACAUCCCACCUGAUCUUCCUGACAUUCUGAAGCAGUUCACCAAGGCGGCCAUCCGAACGCAGCCCAACGAUGUGUUACAGUGGUCAUCGGCGUACUUCCAUGCCCUAGCCAAGGGUGAAACCCCUCCGGUAAAAGAACGGCUGGAGAUGCCCAUAGCCACGCAGAAGACGGACACAGGGCUCACCCCUGGGAUCUUGUCAGUUCUCAACAGACAGCUCGGUCCGAAGAAAGUACUGAAGCUGUCGGACUUGGAGCAGAAGUGGAAAGACAACUGUUUACCCAACGAGCGGCUGUACAGCUUGCUUCAGCUGGGCAGCUUCGGAGACGACAUUGAGUGGCUGAAGUUCUUUGCUUUGGCCUGCUCGGCCCUGGCUGGGAACAUCACCAGUGCCAUGAAGGUCAUCUGUGAGAUCUUGACCCGUGACCCGGAGGGCGGGGCAGCUCGGAUACCCUUUGACCUCUUCAAGGAGCUCUAUACCUACCUGGCCCAGAUCGAUGGGGAGAUCUCAGAAGAGCAGACUGAGAGUGUAUUCACAUACCUGCAGUAUCAUGUGGACAAGCAAAAUGGACUGGUGCAACCUCGUAACUUCCUCAAUCCGGAUUGCCCCAAACUUGGUCCAUAGAUUGCAUUUAUGGAAACCAGGUUUGUUGUACAAACAGUUCUAUCCGUAUCUAUUGUAAAAAAGUUAACUUAAAUUCGUUCCAUCGGCAUUGUACAAAAUUGCUUCAAACAGAUUUUAAAUAAUAGUUUUAAUUUGUUUGUGGUUUUUUUAUGAAUUCAACGUUUUCUUCCAUAAAAUCUAACGUUUUGAAAAACAGAUGUUUUUUCCCAUUUAUUCGGUAUUUUAAGCAUAGGAACUUAAUGUCGAUAAAUGCACUACUCCACAAGUAAUUUUGCGUCACAUCAACGUUUUGAACAAAACUUCUUUUUCCCAAUCAAUCCAAAAAGGCAUAAUUGUAACUUUAGAACUCUUGUAUGUAUAUAUUUCCCCUGUUGUAACUUCACGCUUCCAACCGAAGUGCAAAGUGUAUGAAACUUCCUACGUCAGAAGAAAUAAACUAACAUUUGUAGAUAAAAACUA